AUGGCGCACAGCGGUGACUUGAGCUGUCCCAGAGGAGGAAAGUUCUACGUCUGCACCGGCAGCGCGAAAGAGUUUCUCGGCUGUUGUACUUCGAAUCCAUGCGCCAACGGCGGAGAAUGCCCGGCCGACGACAGGAAGGUGUCGUCCUUCAGUCUCGAUGUCUACCCGAAUAUCCAGGAGCAAAGCUGUGACGAUCCGAGACCCGCGAAAGAGAUCUGGUGGACCUGCAAAAACGAACACACGAACACAUUCCCGUUCAUCGGAUGUUGCGCGACGAAUCCAUGCAACGAGACAGACGGGCUAUGCCCGAUAGACAACCUCAUCCCGGCCACGUUGAGUAAAGACUCCAGUGCAAGAGCAUUUUUCGUCGCCAGCGAGGAUGCUUCACCAACCCCUUCAGCAUCCGCGUCUGCGACUUCAACGCCGGGUAGUGGGUCAGGAGGUGGUCUCGCCACGGGAGCCAUCGUAGGUAUUGCGAUUGGAGCUGCUGUUGCUGUCGGCGUUAUCAUUGCCAUCAUCUGGCGAUGCGGCUGGCACGCGAGGAAGCGCAACGAAAGGCGCGAGCCGAACUGGGAGCCCGCUUCUCCCGGCCGUCAUCCAGAGAUGGGCUUCGCCUCAUCGCCACACAGCCCUUCACCCUACGAUCCGUCACGCAGCCCCCGUCCGUAUGACCCGGCCCGAUCAUCCUUCGCCACGACUACCGUCCAGGGAUCCUACGCCUCGACUUCGCCGCCACACUCGCCGUACUACGGCUUGAAGCAUGCCUCACCCGUGAUCGAUAAUCAGCGCAUGUCGACAUAUGCAGACAGUAAUGUCAGCUCCAUGACUAGCCAUACCCCGCAUGCAAGACACGUUAAUCCUUCGUCUGUCGGAGUACCCGAGCUGCAUACCGUCAGCGAGCUGGACGGCAUUGAGCAGUACCCUGCGGUGGUGCCACCACCGCCACCAGAGGAGCCAAAGGCUCCUUUGGCAGAACUUGGGGACGGAACGCCUACGAGUAAGAAGUAA